AUGGAUCUCUGUUUUGUUUGUGACGAAGAAUUGGAAGGACGUUAUAUAAGAUUAGCCACUACUCGAACAUCAUAUGGUAAUGAGUUACUUCUAGAAAAAAUUUCUGGGGUCCUUGGAGAAGAGUUUGUUGUUGUUGUCAAUAAUGACCAUCUCGCGUGCAAUAACUGUGCAUCGCAAUUAAAUCAGAUUGACAAGUUAGAAAUGGAUUUGAAACUUGUUAAAAAUGCAAUGUUGUCAUGCAUAAGGAAAAAACAUGGAAUAAUAGUUGCUGAUGAGGAUGUUGAGGCUAUCAUAAUGGACAAGGAAUAUUUGAAGGAUGUCGAUUCGUCUAAAGUUUCAAAUCUUUUGAAAAUGAGCGGACCUCCUAACCUUCUUAUUCAACAGGUUAAGAGACCAAUUAGAUUUUUAAAUGAACGUCCUAGACCACAACAAGUAUUUACACCACAAGUAUCUACAUCACAACAAGUAUCUACACCACAAGUAUCUACACCACAGCAAGUACCGAGGCCACAACAAGCACCAAGACUGCAACAAGAAUCAAGGCAGCAACAAGUACCGAGGCUACAACAAGUACCAACGCCACAACCAUCAAAGGAACAGUUAUGGGUAAUGCCGCCACACCAAGUACAGAACUCACAGCUACUACUGAAUCAGCAACAAAUUAAAAAACAACAAAAUGGUGCUAACAGUUUAAAAAUACACAAAUCAGAUGCAGAUGCACAUGUUCAAAAUUGCGUGCCUCAAUCAAAUAAAAUAGAAUCGGGAAAACCUAUCAAAAUCAAUCAAAAUGCUGUUAAAAUAUCAACUCCGUUACCGCAAAAGAAGAGUACAUCAAUUUUUAGAUGCCAAAUAUGUGCCAAAGCUUUUGACAGCAGGGGGCGUUGUAUUGAACACAUUCAAAAUGAUCAUAAAAAGCCAACUUUAAAUAAGUUGGAAAAAAGAAUAGAAAAAUCUGGUCCAAGUACUUCCAAUCUCAUAAAAGUUAUUUCUAAGUCGAAGUCUCAUUCAACUAAUCAUAAAGUGGAGUCUCCUAUGAAUGAUAAUCAACUGAACAAUAAAAAAUGUACUGUAGAUAUUGAUAUGCCGUUGAAAGACAGUGUGCUUGUUGAAAAAUCUGAAGAAGAAAAGAAAACUGAAAGUACAGGGGAAGAUGGAGAAAUUGAAAACUCAGAAAGUUAAGAUAGUAAAAGAAGCCGAAACUCUUAGAAAAAUUAUAGUAUAUAGUAUGUGGCAUCAACGUUUGGUU